AGAUGACGGAAGUGACUAUUCGUCAAUAUCAAUUAAAACAUUUGUAUCUGCUGUAGCAAGACAUCUAGCAAAUAAUAGUGUUAUUGACAGGAUUGAUAUUUAUAACAAACAGAUCUUUAAAAAAUUGUGGGAAGUUAUUGAUGGUAAGCUUCGGCAUCUUGAUGAAUUAGGUAAUGGAGAAGGCCAUGGCUCAGAUUCUUUUACCAAAAGCGAAAUUAUCAGCAUUCUUCAACAUCCUUAUACUAGCAAAACAAAUCCUAUAGAUGGUUCUUUUGAAGUGCUGAUAUAUUUAUCUAAAGCUAACCAAAGAGGACUUUCGGGUGGACUUGCUGAUAAGUUGUUGAUUCCUUAUGAUAAAGAAAUAAUGGAUGACUAUGAUUUAUAUUUUUCCAAAAGACCCAAAAAUGCAGAACCAGCAUUUUAUCUACAUCCUGUUAAAGGAGACAAAGAAUGGACUUUAUUAGAUCAUUGGUAUCAAUCAACACAUAUUGGCCAAACAAAACUAAAAUCAUGGUUGAAAAAUAUAGCCAUUCAGAGUGGUAUUGAUUUGAGUAAUAGAAAAAUAACUACACAUUCUGGCAGAAAAACUUUAAUUCGAAAUCUUAAAGAAAAUGUUGGUGCUACAGAUAUUGAAACCAUGUCAAUUUCCAGACAUAAAUCAUUAAAAGGAUUAGCUAGUUAUGAAAGAUCCAAAGACAAGUUGCAAGUUAAUAGUAUGAAGCGACUAAUAAAUAUACUAAACACACAAGAAGAAAAUUCUAUUUCAACCACACCACCCAAUGGAUUUUCAUCAAUUAUUUCUACACCUACGUCUGACCAAGACCUUGAUUACAAUUCUUCAUCAAAUUCUAUCUCUAUUUCAUCUCCAAUAACAUCGUCUAAUACUCCUUCAACAAUAUCUAUUAAUUCUCUUCCAGCAAAUUCUACUACUACACCAAUUUUUAAAACUGCUAAAACAUUAUUACAAGAAUCUCAAACAUUAAAUAUAAAUAGUAAUUUGGAGGAUUUUUUAAAA